AUGCUGAAUCAUGGAUUAUUGUUGCUACAGGAGAGGAGGGAGAAGACGGACACGGGCAUGGACGGAUUGGCAGGGUCGAGAGGCAGGCCGGACAGCAAGACGGGAUUCAAAAAGAAGAGAAAGAAGAAGAAGGAGAAGAAGAAGAAGAAGAAGAAGUGCAUGGGAGAAGGCGUGGCAAGAAAGAAACAGGAAAAGAUGGGUAUUAACCACGACGACAGCCAGGUCACACACGGAGUAGGGGCCAGCAAAUGCCUGUUUUGCAAUGACAGAUACAGUGCCUACACCACAAGGUUCAAAUCCAUUCCACAGCCGGGUCCUCCGACGCGCUGGUGGUUUACCAUGGAGACGCCCAGGGACAGUUGA